AUGGCGACUGAAGUGAAUGUGAAUGGGAUCCUCUUCAGCGUCAGUCUGGAGACCACCGAACAUCUGCAGCUGGAGACGACAGAAGAUGAGGUCACUGUGGGAAGUGCUGCGUCGACCGAGAUGUUGCACAGACUUGAAAUGAUAGAGCCACACACCAACAUCCAGAACGACUUCCGGAACAACUUCCAGAACGACUUCCAGAACGACUUCCGUUCCGACUUCCAGAAUGACUUCCAGAACGACUUCCAGAACGACUUCCAGAACGACUUCCAGAACGACUUCCAGAAUGACUUCCGGAACGACUUCCAGAACGACUUCCGGAACAACUUCCAGAACGACUUCCAGAACGACUUCCAGAACAACGGCUAA